CAUUCAGUAAACCACGUUUGUCCAUUUUAUUCCCCAAUUUAUCAAUUAUAAAAACUUUUAUCAAUGCUGACCGUUCGUGUUGUCAGUGUUGAUUUUUAAUUGAAAUCGGCAAUUGCUAUCAUGUAAAUAGUAACUCGAUCAAACAUGCUUUCCAGAUUUCUCAGAUCAUCGCUCGUGAGGCGUAUGUCGUUGAGCAGCAGUAAAAGGUCUGCAUACGACUCGGAUGGCCGGACGGUUGUUAGCUCGCUCAACAAUGAAACUGACUCCGGCGUACUGAUUGAUUCUAUAAGUGAAUUGGGCUUUAGAUUGAACAAUGGCAUGUUCGUAGUAGGACCGAUGGCGAUUUUUCCCAAUACCGUUUUCAGCUGGAAUGUCAAAAAUGAUCGUGACAUUAAUGAAUCAUCGCUGACUUUUUUCAGCAGGAUCGAGCCCAAAUUAGAUGUUCUUAUAAUCGGAUUCAGCGGCGACUCCCUGUACUCGAGACAGUUGUGGAAAAACGUCCUGCCGUUUUACCACAAGAGCAACAUCAAUAUGGAAGUCCUCCCGACCGAAAAGGCCAUCCCGACUUUCAACUUUCUAUGCUCGGAGAGACGUGUCGUAGGGGCGGCCCUCAUCCCUCCCCUAAAAGUAAUAUUCACAGAGGAUACUGUCUAGAACUAGAAACUGAUGAUUGUUACGAACUAAAUGUUAAAUGUUUAAAGCUUGUUGAAAAUUAAUUUGUAAAGCAGUCAAGUUUUGACAUCUAUUCUACUUUAUAGUAGAAGCCAUGUAGUUUAUUGUAAUUAUAUCUUUUAUGUAAAAAUUGGAA